UAAAAACUAAAACCUUUCUCUCUCAACUCAGUCCUAAAAUCUCCGCUGCGAACACCAAAACCCCCUCUUUCUCAAUCUCCGUCGCUACACCGCAACCAGUGCACCACCGCCACUGGCACUAGAGCACCACCACACCAAGCACUCAGUGAAAGUAUUUAAUCAUGAGAGAAUUGAAAAUGGGUGGGAAGAGAAAGAGGGAUGAAGGAGAAUCUGCUGCUGCUGAAGAAGAAAGAGAAGUAAACCCUUCGAGUAAUAAGAAAAGUCAGGUAUUACCAUCUACAAUAAAGAAUAAGGACAAGAGAGCUGCUGUUCAUUCCAAAAUCAAGCAUGAAAAGAAACUUGCUAAACGAAAGAAGCAAAAGGAUCGUGAAGCUAAGGAAAAGAAAGCUAUGGACCUAGGAGAAGAGCUACCUCCUAGACCAGUUCCACAUACUAUUGAAAACCAAAGGGUGCCUGAUGAAACCAUUUGUAGGCCUGACGAUGAAGAGUUAUUUGCUGGGAAUGAUGCGGAUGAGUUCAGUGGGAUUCUGAAACGAGAAUUUACACCAAAAAUCUUGAUCACCACGUGUCGUUACAACUCUACUAGAGGACCAGCUUUCAUUUCGGAACUACUCACAGUGAUUCCAAAUGCUCAUUAUUUCAAGAGAGGAACCUAUGACUUGAAAAAGAUUGUUAAAUAUGCAAAUAAAAAAGAAUUCACGUCUAUAAUGGUUGUCCACACUAACCGAAGGGAGCCAGAUGCUCUUCUCAUUAUUGGCUUACCUGAUGGACCAACUGCACAUUUUAAGCUCUCCAGUCUAGUCUUGCGCAAGGAUAUUAAGAAUCAUGGUAAUCCAACUCGUCACAUGCCUGAACUUGUGAUGACUAAUUUCACGACACGUUUGGGACACCGUGUUGGGAGGAUGAUACAAUCACUCUUCCCUCAAGAUCCUAAUUUUCGAGGAAGAAGGGUUGUGACUUUCCACAAUCAGCGUGAUUUCAUUUUCUUUCGACACCACAGGUACAUUUUUGACCAGAAAGAAAUCAAGCCUCUCGAUGGGAAGAGUAAAAAGAAAGAAGCCAAGGAAGAGAAGGAGAAGAAGCUUGGAAAAGUGUUUACUCGCCUGCAGGAAUGUGGUCCGCGCUUCACGCUAAAGUUGGUCAGUUUACAGCAUGGAACAUUUGAUACUAAAGGAGGGGAAUUCGAAUGGGUUCACAAGCCGGAAAUGGAUACGAGCCGCAGGAGAUUUUUCUUGUGAGCUUUUAGAGAUAUUGCAGGAAGAAUCGUGUUGCAUGGAAGGAAGGUUCUUUUCCUCUUCUUUUCCAAGUUACUUGGUGAAAGGAGUAAAAUUUUUGUAGGUAUUUUCUCAAUGAGCUACAGCAAACCUUGUUUGUCGACAUAUUGUAAAACUUCUUGGAUUCUGAUAGGUAAUUAACUCAUAUAAACACAAACCAUUGCUGUUUUGAUGAUUUCAUGGGUUGGUCAAUUCUGAUUGUCAAUGUAGUCGUGGGUUAUUGUUCUUAUUUAUUGAUAAAAGUUUCGCGUCAUAUUACUGGUGAUGCAUUGUCAGUUAGGAUUUAAAAUUAUAUGGAAGAGUUUAUUUUUGCUCUCA